AUGUCUAGCCGCGGAAAACGAAUUGUGAGCAUGGCGCUGGAAGAUGAAACUGAUCAAAGUUACCUGGAAGACAAUAUGAUCAACGAGGCAUUAAACUUCGACAUCAUAUUUCAAAGCAGCUCAGGAAACAUAACUGAAAAUACAUCCAUCGAAUAUACGACCACCGAACAUGAAAUCAUGACCGAAGGCGCUAUCUAUCUUGAAGAAAUUCCUGACCCUGCUUUUCUGGAAUGUGAGCAACUAGAGGUACCAGAAGAUCUGACACAGAAUAAUGAGCGCAUUACCACAAAAAAACUUGUACCAUAUAGUAGCAGCUCAUCAGAAUCUGGAUGUGAAUCAGCAAUCGAUGAAUCUCCAAACCAAGAUCACCGUGAAUCAUCAGCAUCAUCUUCAUCUAGCAGUACAUCAUCUGAGACAUGGAAAAGGAAGAAAAGACCAAGUCGUAAGCUGAAAAAUAAAAAAAAGAAGGCUCAUGGCUUACAGUACAAAACCUACAAAGGAAUUACCAAACCCCCCAAAGUACUACUACCAAAUCCAUGUUUCGGUAAAAAAUGCAAAAAUAGUUGUAAUGAUUUCAGUCUUGAUGAAAGGCAUGCAUUAUUUGAUGCUUUCUGGGCAAUGGGUGAUGGAAAUCUUCAAAAAGCUUAUAUAAAUGGAUGCGUCAAGAUAGAUUAUGUUAAACGAAAACGAACUUUGGAGAUUACAUCAAGAAGAACGUUUACAUAUGAACAGUACCUCAUGAAGGGGAAUACUCAAGUUAAGGUAUGUCAACAAUUUUUUAUAGCUACGCUUGGAAUCACGCAAAGAAUUAUCAGGAAUGCAAUAUUAGGGAAAAUACAAGCUAUAACCGAUGGUAGAGGCAAGCAUAAUCCUAGACAUAGUAUUACAGCAUCUCAAAAAAUAUUUCUUGAACAGUUUAUCAAAGGACUACCAGCUGUACCGUCACAUUAUUGUAGGGGCUCAACUAAAAAGCUUUAUCUACCUUCUGAUAUAAAGACGUUUACUAACUUGUAUGAAAUGUACUCUCAUCAAAAUACUGAUAAAAUGAGCAUUUCUAGUUUUAAAAGAAUCAUAAAGAAAGAAUACAACAUAGGAAUACAUGUGCCAAAAAAAGAUAAAUGCAUUAAAUGCGAGCGUUACAGACAUUUACCAAGUAACUUAAAGAAUGGCAAAGAAGAACUCGACUUUCUAAGACAUAUUGAAAAAAAAGAAAUUGCGAAAAAAUAUUUUCUAGAAAAACAGAAAGACAACCAUGAUUCGGCUAAUUUGAUUGCUAGCUUUGAUCUACAAAAAGUACUGACUACUCCUCAUGGCAAAAGUAUGUUGAUAGGAUUUUCGAGGAAAUAUGCUUGCUAUAACUUCACAAUUUAUGAAAGUGUCACUGCUAAUGCGUUUUGUUACUUUUGGGGCGAGAAAGAUGGAAGAAGGGGUGCGAAUGAAAUAUGUUCUCAUCUUUUUGACUACCUGUUACAUUUGGAUCAGAAAGAAGAAAAAACAAGCGUGCACUUAUUUUGUGACAACUGUCCCGGAUAA